GAUUCGUGUUUUAUUCGGCGAAGAAAGAAGGCAACUCGCCGCUGUAUUCGAGACGGAGAAGUAAAAAUGUUGAGAAGAGUGAUCGGUAACGUCGCAGUCCGGCGUCAAUUUCAAAGAGCUCUAUCCAGCAAAUCAGGUGGAAGCGGAAAGCCAAGCGACGUUUCAGCUGCGGUGGACUCGAUGCUGCUUCGUUCCCUAAAGGAACAUUACCUAGAAGUCUCCAAGAUGACUCCUCCUCCCAAAGCGACACCUCCUUCACCGUUCGAGAUUGUGAAAGGAUCGCUCGAGGGAACCGGCGCUGUUCUGAAGAAAUCUGUCGGAAACGAAGAGAUCAGCCUCUUCGUGAUGAGGCUUGCUCACGGAGGUGGUGAUGAUGAAGACGAGGAUGGGAUUAACCAGCUGUUCCUCCACGUGGCUGUGUCGAAGCCGAACCAGGCUGAGUCUCUUCAUUUCCUUUGCGGGCUUUACCCGGAUGCGUUGGGUAUCCACUCUGUUUCCAUGAGGCCGAAGCUCGAGGAUUUGGAGUUGUCUGAUGAUCCUGCUCGUUACACUGGCCCUUCUUUUGAAGAGCUGGAUGAGAAGAUGAGAGACGUAUUCCAUAGCUUCCUGGAGGAGCGAGGUGUGAACGAGAGUCUCUUCCCGUUUCUUCAGGCAUGGCUCUAUGUAAAGGAUCAUCGUAACUUGCUGCGAUGGUUCAAAUCAGUUGGCACGUAUGUGCAUGAGAACCCAUCUGCGGAAAACGCCUAGGGGGGGCUCUCAAUCAGAGAGGGACGUAUCUUCUCAGUCUUUUGGUAGAGGUUUAUGCGGUUAAUUGUUUUGACAAGGCACUGUACCGCUCUUAUAUGAUACAGUUCCAGGGAUCGAGUUACUUUUGCUUCUUUCAGACCCUUCUUUCAAGAAAACAUAUGCAUCAGUGAUGUUGUUUAAGAAAAGUUAAUUUUUGUCAAUUC